UCUGAAUGGGCGCCGUCCUCCUCACUCCUGCUGUCUGUGGGUCUGCGGGAGUGUUUGUGGUGACAGAGUAGAGAGAAGGAGUGUGUGCAGAUUGUAUGGUCAUGUCAUAAUACGCUCUUGGAAAACUGAUCAAUCUGGUGGACGUGGUUUGGACACUGUGACCAAAAUGAGGAUCUGGUUUAAAGUUUUGUAUCUUCUCACCCUGUGGGUGGUCUACUCUGAUGCUUGGUUCUGGGACUGGAGUAAGACUGGUAAAACAUUGGCCCCAAGGUCGGAUAUGGAGGGUUCUGGCAGUGUUACAGGUAGUGGAGAGCAACUAUCUGAGAGUAGCACCACAGUUGGAGUAGAGAUCAUUGAUGAAGGACGUGUGCUUGAAAAGGUUGGGCAGAGCUGGGAUGUGCCUACUGAAGGUCCUCAACUGACAACUGUAAUUCCUUCAAAACAUCCGCAGAAUGGACAUGGAGCAGAAAAGGUCACUGCAGGAAUGCCGUCUCACAGAAAUAAACCUGAAGACAAAGGAGUCUCGCUGCUGAAGCUAAUCGGAGAUCCUCCUCCAGACAGUAUUCCAGAGGUGGACGGACCGGACAACAGCCCCGCUUACCUCUUCGGUCCAGAUUCCACCACGGGUCAACUUGCCCGUGCACACUUCCCCAACCCAUUCUACAGAAACUUUGCCCUCAUCUUCAGCGUGAAACCAACCUCUGAUGAUGCCGGCACCAUCUUCGCCAUCACAGAUGCCUCGCAGCAGAUCAUGCAUGUGGGGGUCAAACUGUCAAAAGUCCAGGGUGGCGAGCAGAACGUCAUUUUUUACUACAGCCAGCCGGGUGCAGAGCGGUCCUACGAAGCGGCCAGUUUCCCGGUGCCCUCCAUGAAGGACACCUGGAACCGUUUUGCUAUCGCUGUAAACGACAACCUAGUGGCCUUCUACCCUAACUGCGAUGGAGGGCUUCGGAGCGUAAGAUUGGAGAGAUCCCCUGAUGAGAUGAACCUAGGAAGUGGUUCCGGUGUGUUUGUAGGUCAAGCUGGGGGAGAAUUUCCCGAUAAAUUUCAGGGUGCGAUCAGUGAGCUGAGGGUGGUGGGAGACCCCCGUGCUGCGGAGCGGCUCUGCGAGGAGGACGAUGACUCGGAUAUGGCUUCAGGAGAAGGAAGUGGCUACGAAGAAACCAGACAUGCAAAUUCUCACAGAGAGAAAGAGCAAAACAUGCAGAAAGCCUUGGCGUCUCUUACACCUAUCCCACAGCCACCACUGGACAGGAAAGGAGAAGAGGGAACCUUCUUAGAAACAGGUGCAGUCUUUGUUAAAGGAGAAAAGGGCGACAAGGGGGACCAAGGACCGAAAGGAGAGAGGGGUUUGAGGGGUCCGCAGGGAGAAGCAGGCAUCAGCUACAAGGGGGGAGUCGGUGGACACAAGGGAGAACCUGGUGAAAAGGGAGCAAAGGGGAGCGCAGGCUUUGGAUAUCCUGGCAAAAAGGGCGACACCGGCCCUCCAGGACCACCAGGCCCACCUGGUCCUCCAGGCCCUGCCACUGAGUAUUCAGUUGGAAGUGAUGGAUCAGUUGUUUCAAAAGUACCUGGACCCCGAGGCCCACCUGGACAACCAGGUCCUCAGGGACCCCCAGGAGAGGAUGGAGAACCGGGGGAUCCCGGGGAAGAUGGAAAAACCGGGCCUCAGGGACCCCGAGGCUUUCCUGGGACUCCGGGUGAUCCAGGACUGAAAGGCGAAAAGGGUGACCGUGGAGAGGGCCAGCCUGGGCCCCGGGGCCCCCCAGGACCUCCAGGACCACCGGGUACAGGAUUCAGAUCUACGUUUGAAGACAUGGAGGCCUCUGGAUUCCCCGAUUUGGAAUCCAUUCGGGGACUUCCAGGUCCACCAGGUCCGCCUGGUCCCCCGGGUCUUCCAGGUUUCCCAUCAGCAAACACAGCAGUGAGCUCUGGAGCUUCUGGGCCCCCAGGAAAGGAUGGAGAGCCAGGUCAACCUGGUCUGCCUGGUUUACCUGGUGCUGAUGGUCUCCCUGGAGCUCCUGGUCCAAAGGGUGAAAAGGGAGAUUCGGGCGAGCUUGGACUCCCAGGGGCAAUCGGAGAAAAGGGAGCUCCAGGAGAACCCGGUUUACCCGGCGCUGCAGGACAACCUGGACUGGCUGGUCUUCCAGGACCGAUGGGACCAGUUGGUCCUCCUGGACCUCCAGGCCCUCCAGGACCAGCUCAUCGGGUUGGAUUUGAUGACAUGGACGACUCCAGUGGGACUUUCACUAAUGGACUUCCUGGUGUCAGAGGACCAGAAGGGAUACAGGGUCCUCCUGGUUUACCUGGACAACCAGGUAGCCCAGGUUUUCCUGGUAUACAGGGUCCAAAGGGUGAGCAGGGUCCCUCAGGAAGCGACGGACAACCAGGUCUGGAUGGCUUCCCAGGACCUCCGGGCCAAAAGGGAGACAGAGGUGACAAAGGAGAGACGGGUGAACCCGGUCGAGAUGGAACUGGACUGCCAGGUCCACCUGGACCACCUGGACCACCAGGAGAGAUAACAUACCAGCAUUCUGACAAUGGGGCCUCUGGUAUACCUGGCAGAGCUGGAUUUCCUGGUCCUGUUGGCCCAAAGGGGGACAGAGGUGACCCUGGUCCACCAGGGUAUGGCCUAAAGGGUGAAAAAGGAGAGCCAGGCUUGAUAAUCGGGCCUGAUGGAAAUCCUUUGUACCUGGGCGGGUUAACUGGGCCGAAGGGAGACAGAGGACCUCAAGGACCUGCUGGACCUUUUGGUCCUCAGGGGCCUCCUGGACUGAAAGGUGAAAUAGGCAUGCCUGGAAGACCUGGUCGCCCAGGUGUGAAUGGAUACAAGGGUGAAAAAGGAGAGCCAGGGGGUGGUGCAGGUUACGGAUACCCGGGAGUGGCAGGUCCACCAGGACCGCCAGGACCACCUGGACCACCGGGGCCGGCCAUUUCUGUGGAUCGAUUUAAUCGCUUUGAUGAAAAUUCAAGGAGUUACCAAGUGGUCAAAGGAGAAAAAGGAGACCGUGGACCUCCUGGGAUCCCAGGGACAGCUUCAGAUAUCGAUAUUUACUCACUCAAGAAUAAGUUGAAGGGAGAACAUGGAGAUCCAGGAGUGAAGGGAGAGAAGGGAGAGCCAGGUGGUGGAUAUUAUGACCCACGUUUUGGAGGACCACUGGGUCCACCAGGACCUCCAGGAAACCCAGGCCUACCAGGUCCAAAGGGUGAGACUAUAGUGGGCCCUCCUGGACCUCAAGGACCUCCAGGACCCCCAGGUGCUGGUUAUGAUGGACGUCCAGGUCCAGCAGGACCACCUGGACCUCCAGGACCGCCAGGGUCUCCCUCAUUCUCUGGAACAUACAGGCCCAACUAUCCUGUCAGUAUCCCUGGACCUCCAGGCCCCCCAGGCCCACCUGGAAGUCCUGGUGUCUCCUCUGGGGUGAUGGUGUUGAGGUCAUAUGACAUCAUGAUUGCUACAGCCAGGCAGCAGCCUGAGGGAAGUCUCAUAUACAUACUGGACAAAGCAGACCUUUAUCUGAGAGUGCGAGAUGGGAUUCGACAAGUCCUACUCGGAGAGUACAGAACCUUCUUUGGAGAUCUGGGCAAUGAGGUGGCAGAAGUCCAGCCUCCACCGGUGGUUGUGUACCCCCACACCCCUGAAAGGAACGCCAACAAUGGAGCAGGUCGUUAUUCCGAGGGCAGUGCAGUCAUCCGACCCAUUGAGAUCCUGCCGCAGCAGCCCAGCCCCCCCGUGGCUGCAGCCGACUCUUCAGAAUCAGGACUCCACCUCAUUGCCUUGAACGCCCCUCAGUCUGGCAACAUGCGAGGGAUUCGUGGUGCAGACUUCCUGUGCUUCCAACAGGCUCGAGCUGUUGGUCUUAAAGGAACAUUCAGGGCCUUCCUGUCCUCCAAGCUUCAGGACCUCUACACCAUCGUCCGCAGGUCGGACCGAGAUUCAUUCCCCAUCAUGAACCUCAAGAACCAAGUGUUGUUCAGCAGCUGGGAGUCCAUCUUCAGUGAAGACAAAAGCAAAAUGAGGGAGAAUGUACCUUUAUACUCGUUUGAUGGUAGAGACAUCCUCAGGGACAGUGCAUGGCCAGAAAAGAUGGUCUGGCACGGAUCUAGCAAAAAGGGCCAUCGGCAAAUGGAUCAUUACUGUGAAACAUGGCGGGCGGGCGAUCGCGCGGUGACAGGCCUGGCGUCGUCCCUGCAGAGCGGCCAUCUCCUGCAGCAGACGCCCAGCAGCUGUUCCAGCUCCUACGUCGUCCUUUGCAUAGAGAACGCCUUCACAUCGCCCUCUAAAUAAUAAAUCCAUCCUUCUUUUCCUUUGGUCCUCUGUGUUCAGGGCUCUAGUUGACACAUUGUUUUGUAAACUCAGCAGGUAAAUUUUGAUCCCCUUUCUUUUACAUUUUACACUUGCUUGUUAACAUGUGGCAUCGGAUGAACUGCUGCCUGAGGAGUUUUCUAGCCUGGCAGGACAUGCAGCAUCCAUAAACACCAAAGAAAAGGCUCUAGCAGAACGCCUUUGGUCCUUUUUAAACCCAGAACAUUGGCACAUAUUUCCUUUAAGACGUAAACCAGUAUCAUUCCCGAAUUAAAUCUUGUUUUAAAAAAGUGUAUAUGACAAUGUUUUAUUAUUUGUGUUCAAUUGUUAUGUUCUGAAUGUUUCCUUUGUCUUUAUCCAUCCUUUACUUUCUCUAUUUCUUUUUAGAAAGCUUUUUCUUCUUAUUCUUCCCAGUUCCAGUGUAGAUUUGGGGUAAUGAUGGAUUACAGCAAAUUUAUGAGGAUUAUUUCUAAAAGAAGAUAUUAGGUAUUUAUUUUCAAAUGAAGUUAUAAAAGGAAAAAUGGAUACUCUCAUUAUAUUUCUACACAACAUAUAGGUUUUGAUAAGAAAUUGUGCCUUAUCACACUCCCGGUUUCUCUUAUAUAUGAUAACAAAACGCUAUGAACAUUUUUACUGAUGGCUUUCAAAUGCUGGUGCAUUUAACUGGUUUAAAUUAUCCAUGUAGGACAUCUAAGGGGCAAUACUUUUUCAUCAAAAUGGAAAAUUCUGAGAAAACUCUAAGAUAAUUAUUUUGCCAUUUUAACACUUUGUUAAACUUUUAUAUACGCAGACUGAAAAAGUGGCUAAUUGUCAGUAAAACCAGCAUUCAGAACUAGUCAGAGUUUCAUACUUCUUUGCUUUUAUUUUACAGGCAUAUGUAGCCUCAGUGUUUCAGAUGUCUCAACUGUAUCUGUGAAUAUGCUUUUUUUUUGAUGACCAAUUGCGCUGUACUGUUUCACCCAGGCACUGAAUUAAAGACUUUACAAUUAC